AUGACCAAAGAGGACCAGAAUCCAGAGCGGGUGGGUGGAGAAGAGUUCUUUGAUAAAUAUGGACCCUGGGAACAAUUUACUGUUACCUUCAGAGGUGUAAGUAGUGUGGUCUGCUGUUGUGUGGAGAAGAAAACUGGCCAGAAAUAUGCUGUAAAGAUUAUAGACAUCAUACCAUCAGAUAAAAUGACAGCUCAGGAGAUAGAAGAGAUUCAAGAGACAGUGAAGGAAAGUAAACUGCUUUGUAAAGUCUCCAGACAGAAGAACAUAGAGGAUGUGUUAAUUUUUGAGUGUGGUUUGUCUAAAGAUUUCUUCUUUAUCUUGUUUUAAGGUGACCUUGUCACUUUUGGUACAUUCUUUGACAAUUACAUCACAGAGAAAGUGACACUGAGUGAAAAAAGAUAAGGUCAGAACCUAAAGAUCAUGCAUGCUCUCCUGGAGGUGGUAGAAUUUCUUCAUAGUCACAACAUAAUCCACAGACACCUAAAGCCGUUUGAUGACGACAUGACAGUUAAGUUGACUGACUUUGGCUUCUCCCUCCAGAUAGAACCAGGGCAUGUGCUGAAUGCUGAGUCAUUCUGUAAGGUUUGUGGAACACAAGGUUUCUUAGCUGGUGAAAUAAAGUGCUUCAAGGAGCCCAAUCAUGCCGGCUAUCUAGAUAAAGAUUUUGAAAAUUUUGUUAUCUCAUUGUCUUCUCUUUUAGUUGGAGCUGUGGCAUUCUGGAACAGAAAGCAGAUGCUGAUGCUUUGAAUGAUCCUAGCUGGGAAAUAUGGCUUUAGGUCUCCAGAAUGGGACGACCGCUCAGACACUAUGAAAUACUUUAUGUCCAGGUUACUGGUGAUGGCGAAAAAACACUACACAAGCAAAGAUCCUCUAAGCCACUUUUUCCUCGAGCAGUAUGAUGGAGCAGAACACUUACAGGAAAUUUACUAUAAAAGCAUAAAGCUGAUUUGUUUCCAUUUUUCCCCAAUGUUGUUGUUUUGACUAACUGUUAUCUGCCUCAACAUACUGGCCACCAUGUGCAUCUACUGCAACUCUAUGCAACUAACUAUGGAAGUAAAUUACAGUGACCCUUUUGCCAUCAAACCACUACAGAUAAUCAAUGUCUGUGCCUUUAAGAUCUUCGGUCACUGGGUGAAGAAAGGACAGACUCAAAAUAGAGCAGCUCUAUUUGAGAACACUCCCAAAUUCAUCCUGCUGUCUAUUGCUGAUGAGAAGAGCGAGACGUCCGUGAGGACCCUGUGA